AUGAAAGAAGAAUUCAAGGAGGUCACGGUCAACAAGAUUCCUAGAGCAGAAAAUGGCCGAGCUGAUGAAUUGGCUAAAAUGGCUAGUUCUUUGACCACAUGGGUAUUGGAUAGGUCAAUAGCGCAGACCUUUCUCAUAACCCAGAUAGAUCUGCAGAAUAACCAGGACGAGAUUAUUAAGUGGAGGGCACCGGUGAUUAGCUAUCUUCAGCAAGGUACUCUGCCAACAGACUUGGAGCAAGCACGACUGGUCAGGAAAAAGGCUCAUGCUUACACCUUGAUAGGAGAUCAAUUGUAUAAGCAGGCGUUUUCCAGGCCUUUACUUAAGUGCAUAAGCACGGAGGAGGCGGAUCAGGUCUUGAGAGAAAUGUAUUUGGAAUGUUGUGGCAGCCAUGCCGGAGAGGGAUGCUCAGUAGCUGGUGAACACUUGCAUGUCCUUCUAGAAACAUCAAAAUCUGAUGCAUAUGCCUACCUCAGUGUUAAAGACAUCUAUAGUUUCCUGCCCCUUCGAUCAAUGGGAUUCGGCAUACCUCAUAAGCUGGUAUCAGAUAGUGGAAGGCAGUUUCAAGGUCGAAAGAUCCAGGCCUGGUGUCAAGGGUUCGACAUUACUCAAGCGUUCACAUCUAUAGCAUAUCCACAAAGCAACGGACAGACCGAGGUUAUCAACCGAGAAAUUUUGCCGCAGAGCUCCUGCCGCACCAAAAGAUACAGAGAUUACGAAGCAGUCUCCGACCUGAACGCCAAACUCUCGAGAAUGAAGGUAGGCCUCUCAGCUCUACUUGCAGUGCUCAUCUUCCCCUGCUUUAUAUAUUUCCAGAGCUAA